CAUGCAUUCCACCCAUUUCCCAAAAAAUCCUGCCUCAGAUCAUAUCCCAAGAUGUCCUUCGACUCACCCCUCCCACCAUAUAAUGCCUCCGACCCAACAGCAAUCUUCCUCAACUCCUCCUGUCUCGACCUCCUCAUGAUCGAGCUCGUACCCAUGGCCUACCGAAUCGUGAACGAAGUCGACGCCGGGACCGACGACCGAAUAGCGAUAUCCGCCGAGAAGAAAGACGGCGGAGGGACAGGGAGUGUUGGCAAAGGAAGCAGUACAACGAAUGGCGCAAGCGGGACCUCGAAUGGACAUGGUGGACCUGGAAGGAAGAUGGACGAGGAUGAGGAGCGAGAUGCUGUGUUUUUUAGGUUGGAGAUGUUGGGGUAUAGGGUGGGACAGGGCCUGGUUGAGAGAUUCUCAAGAGAUAGACCACGGUUUACAGAUACACUGGACGUUAUCAAAUUUCUGUGUAAAGAUUUGUGGAUGCUAGUUUUCAGGAAACAGAUUGAUAAUCUGAAAACGAAUCAUAGGGGAGUCUAUGUCCUGACAGAUAAUUCGUUUCGGCCGUUCGCACGCAUGAGUACUGAGGCUGGUGGACAAGCGGUAGUUCGGGCUCAACCUUUUCUGUGGUUUCCUUGCGGUAUAAUACGUGGAGCUCUUGCAAGUAUGGGGAUCAAUGCAACAGUUCAAGCAGAAACCAGCGAAUUACCGGGAGCGACUUUCCAGAUCAAGAGUGUUACCACGAAACCUUAA